AUGGAGCCCCUCUCGAGAGCUCAGAGGAAGGCCGAGCAUAAUACAGACCGGAGACUACGUGAACUCUACCGCUUCUACGAUCCUGUCAGACCUACAGGCAUUGUCCCUUCAUGGCAGACGAAUGUGGAAGAUGGUUUACCUAGAAGUACCGGAAGUCCAAUACCCACGUCUUCGCCAGAUGGAUCACGAAGUUCCAGACAUAGUUCGACGGCGCCCUCCUCCAUUGCAGCUGGCCCGGAAACGUUGGUCCUGGGCACAUCCAACAAAACCCUCACAUCGUUUGCACAAUUGGCUGCAUUACGCUUAAAUGCCGAACGUGCUUUCAUAUGCGUUCUUGGUCGGAAUAAACAAUAUGUCCUGGCUGAAGCAACUCAGUCUCUCAAUUUGAGCGAAACUUCAGCGCAUGACGACAAAGAUCAACUCUGGCUGGGCUCGACGGGGAGCCAGCUGACGUGGAGCAUUUGCCGAGAUACUGUUGCGCUUCCACCCCCCGACCCCGAAAACUCUCUAUACAACUUCCUGGUCGUAAACGAUAUGGCUAUGGACGAGCGAUACCAGCAAUUGCCGUUUGUCCAGAACGAUCCGAAUCUUCGAUUUUACGCUGGAACCCCCUUGACUACCGAAAAAGGUAUCAACCUGGGCUGUUUCUUUGUGAUGGACAAGAGUCCGCGUGAUGGACUGAUGCCAUUGGAAAAAGACACACUGGGAACACUGUCAGCACUGGCUAUAGAUUAUCUGAAAGUUUGCCGAGAGGCUUCAGAGGGGCGGCGGGCAGCCCGUUUAUCUCGAGGACUAAGCUACUUCGUUGAUGGUAGCUCAAGUUUUGUUAACACGACCGAAUUAUCACGUGCGGACAGCUGUGGCCCACACUCGACAAAUCCAUCCUUCGAAAAUUGUAUCAGCAUGCCUGGAGACAGCCCGGGAAACUCACCACGGACAGUGUCCCAGGCAUCCCAUAGAAAUCCUCGGUCACCCAGUAUGACCGCUCCGUCAGUGAGCUCCCAGUUCUCCGAUUCAAAACAAGAGACGGGCACAUCUGGUGGGUUGAGCUCGCUUCCAGAGUGGAUUACCAGCAGUAGUCGAAAUCCACUUCCUACAGAUGAUUCGCAAGGUAACUCUUGGUGUUUUCGUCGAGCUGCAAAUCUCCUGCGUGAGAGUCUUGAUCUGAGUAAUGAGGGCGGCGUGGUAUUUUUCGAGGCAAACAACCACAGUGCCUUGGCAGAGAAUGAUAUCAGUGGAAGCGACUGCUCGUCAAGUGACUCGAGCGGUCCUGCUGCAAUUCUGUCUAUGUCCACGAAUGACGAACCAUUCUUUCCCCAUACAGGUUCGAUGACUGAUUGCCCGACGGCCAGUUUGGAUCGGUCUUUCUUAACAUUACUUCUCAAACGUUAUCCGAGGGGAAAGUUAUGGUCGUUCCACCGCGACGGGCUGAUCACGUCGUCCGAUGACGAUGACAAAGUGCCUCGCAAUGGGGACUUUCUAGCUCCGAAUCGUUCUCCCACUGAUAGACCGACCUUUGAUAUGUCCAAUCCUUUAGGGAAACGACGAAAGGCAGCAGAGAAUACGAUGCUUAACCAGUAUUUUCCCAACGCCACUCAGAUCAUCUUUGUACCUCUAUGGAGUACGAUAGGGUCUCAGUGGUUUUCCGGUUGCUUUUGCUGGACAACCCUUGAAACUCAGGUCUUUACCUCUGCUGUGGAGCUAAGCUCUGUCAUGGGCUUUGGUUCAUCUAUCAUGUCAGAGUACAGCCGAGUCGAGUCACUAAUUGCAGACCGACAGAAAGGUGACUUUAUUGGGAGUAUCUCCCAUGAACUUCGAAGUCCGCUCCAUGGAAUUUUAGCCGCAGCUGAGUUCCUGAAUACUACUAAUCUCAAUGAAUUCCAAGAUUCAUUGCUAGAGACUGUCAAUGCUUGCGGCCGGACAUUGCUCGAUACGAUGAACCAGGUGCUCGACUUCAGCAAAGUCGUCUCACUUGAGCGCACCUUGAAGUCGCUGAAACGAAAGAAUGAGUCGCCACUUGACUUCAAAGGAACUCGCAAACUUGGGUCUCAUCUGGACUCAUAUGUCAUAACAGAUCUUGCGAUCCUGACCGAAGAAGUCGUAGAAGGCAUUUGCCUAGGUCAUACGUAUGGCCAAAACUCUACUGCCUCCGCCGAUUUACCCAUGCUUUUCUCGAGCAACGCUCCGAAACCACGGAGCCAUCAGUCUAAUGUGGAAGUAGUUCUGGACAUACAGCACCGCGACUGGGUUUAUAGAACUCAACCAGGUGCGCUGCGACGAAUUGUGAUGAAUAUCUUCGGAAACGCAAUGAAAUACACCGAUUCUGGGCGGGUAUGUCUCAGCCUUGAGGCAUCCAGCCACUCUGAAGGUCAUUCUCGGCGACAGGGACUCGAAGAUAUGGUCACUUUAACUGUGUCAGACACUGGUAGAGGUAUAUCUGAAGAAUUCUUGCGUGGGCGACUCUACACACCCUUUGCUCAAGAGGAUACAUUGGCUGUGGGAACCGGUCUAGGGCUAUCUAUUGUGCGCAGCCUUGUCAAGUCUUUGAAUGGGCAUAUACGUGUUCGCAGUCGUAUUGGUGAGGGCACUGUCGUUCGCGUGUCUCUCCCCUUGGCCCGAUCUGUGGGAACAGAAAGCCCAUUUGUCGAGACUGACAGCCAUUCUCCGCAUCAAAUGGAGACCCUGACCCAAUCAAUCAUGCUUCGCAAGGAUUAUCCGGGAAAGCAGGUCGCUAUUUGGGGUGUAGAAUCUGCCCAAGUGGCAGAAGAUUCAUCUUGGGCUGAGAUUGCCCGCUAUAUGACCGAUUGGUUCGGUAUGAGAAUUGUCAACUGGCCCCCUUCAGAGCCCAUUGAUAUUCUGCUCGUGAAAGAAGACCACCUACAUGAAUUGCGCAAGUAUGGUCUUUCAACGGCGCUGCCGGCCCUUCUGGUCCUUUGUCACCGCGCAAUGGAUUAUAGCGUCGUACGUUCCGAAUGGAUACCUCUUGCUUCUUCGGUAGAUAUCAUUCGGCGGCCCUGUGGGCCACAUAAGCUGGCUCGUAGAUUGCUGAAGGCACUUCAGCACGCGCAGUCAGCAGCUGUCACGCCAAUAUCUGUCUUGCAUGAUCCCAUGGAUUUGCCUAUACGAGUACCUUCAACCUCGCAUACUGCCGUCUCUUCUCCCGUUAUUCAUCCCCUCGUGUCACCGACAAUUUCCGAAUUUUCUACGGAAGUCGUUGACGCAAGUGAAAUUUCGCCUCCAGUGCCAAUUGCCAAAGUAAAGGCCAUGGAGACAUCCCUGGCACCACUGCCAGCAGAAACUCCCGCUAGUCCUUCGCAGACAGCACGGAUUCUCGUCGUAGAUGACAACCGUAUCAAUCUGAACCUCAUGAUGACACUCAUGAAAAGACGUGGCAUCACGGAAUUGGUAGGCGCCGAAAACGGAAAGAUUGCUGUUGAUGCAGUUGAGCAGAUGCCGAAUGGUUAUGACAUUAUCUUCAUGGACAUUUCGAUGCCAGUGAUGACGGGCCUUGAGGCAACAAGGGCAAUCCGUUCACUGGAGAAAGAGCAUGAUGGUCGCAAACCAGCAAUCAUUAUCGCGUUGACUGGGUUGAGCAGCCCACGCGAUGCAUCCGAGGCCAUGGCAUCUGGUAUGGAUCUAUUUCUCACCAAGCCUGUUUCUUUCCGGGAAGUUUCGCGUCUCCUAGAUGAGUGGGAGCAAGAUGGGCUGGUGAGUAAGCAGAGGACUCCCUCGUAG